UGCUGUCACCUGCGCCCGGCUCCGGCCUUUGAUCCUUAAGCUUGUUGCUGCGCCACCUUCGGGCUGCCGCGGGAAGGGCGGCUGGGAAAAGUUUCCUUUCACCCUUCAGUGCAAGUUAAAAGUUGCGAGAGCAGAGAGUUAGCCUCUGAAGUGACAUGCUGACAUACCGAGCAGUACCCGCCUUCCCCGGCUUGUACAAAUAAGAGGCAGCAAGCUUUAGCAGCUGAGGCCAGCAUCUGUCCGAAUGUGUGAUCGCGGGGAGGGCCAGGGGGGGAGAUGCUUUUAAAAACCUUCACUCACCCAUCACGUUCACCUCACUCAAUAAAAGGAAAGUUUCUGGGGGAGGAUCGGCCGUGCUCCCGGGGCAGCAUGGCGGCUUGUGGCGUUCAGAUUGUGUACAGUGAUCGCAUCAUCCAAGAUCAAGGGGCUUUAUGAUCCUGCGAUACCACACGCCACACUUUCUGCAGACUUUACUCGCGCCAAGACUGUGUGUUAAAUCACAAGCAACAAGUCGGAUGGAAGGCACGAUGCAGGCAAACGCCGGGCUGCUGUGGGUUGUUGUGAGUAUAGCUGUACAAAGCGUAGGCUCCAAAGAGAAUAAUCUCCGAGACACGGGACACUGUGAACUUCCCAAGUCGCAAAUGGAAAUGAAUUCGUUCCUCUGGACGGUCCGCCGGCAGCCCCCCGCUUAUUUAUUUGGGACCAUUCAUGUGCCCUACACCAGGGUUUGGGAUUUCGUAGCUGACAACUGCAAAAGGGCCUUCCAGCACAGCAACAGCGUAUACUUCGAGCUGGAUCUCACCGACCCUUACACGAUCUCGGCCCUCACCAGCUGUCAGAUGCUGCCCCACGGCGAGAACCUCCAGGACGUGUUGCCCAGGGAGCUGUACCGCAGGCUCAAGCGGCAUCUGGAUUACGUGAAGGUGAUGAUGCCUCUGUGGAUGACCCCGGAUCAGAGGGGCAAGGGGUUGUACGCGGAUUACCUGUUCAAUGCCAUCGCCGGCAACUGGGAGAGGAAGCGGCCCGUGUGGGUGAUGCUGAUGGUGAACUCGUUGACCGAGGCGGACAUCAGGUCUAGAGGGGUCCCUGUUCUCGACCUCUACCUGGCUCAGGAGGCUGAGAGGAUGAAGAAGAGGACGGGAGCGGUGGAGCGGGUGGAGGAGCAGUGCCACCCGCUCAAUGGGCUCAACUUCUCCCAGGUUCUCUUUGCUUUAAACCAAACUCUUCUGCAACAUGAGAGCCUCCGAGCAGGCAGCCUGCAGGCCCCUUACACAACAGAGGACCUCAUCAAGCACUACAACUGUGGGGACUUGAAUGCUGUCAUCUUCAAUCAUGACACAUCUCAACUGCCUAACUUUAUCAACACCACCCUCCCGCCGCACGAGCAGGUGACAGCUCAGGAGAUAGACAACUAUUUUCGCCAGGAGUUAAUCUACAAGAGGAAUGAAAGAAUGGGCAAAAGGGUGACAGAACUUCUGGAGGCAAACCCAGAUAAAAGCUUUUUCUUUGCAUUUGGAGCAGGUCAUUUCCUUGGGAACAACACUGUGAUUGAUGUUCUAAGGCAAGCAGGCUAUGAAGUUGAACACACUCCUGCAGGACAGCCAUUUGAACAAUACCAGACGCAGAAAGACUGGCUUUCAGGCGGUUCUUCACUUCCAUCAACCUCUUUUACAUCCAUUGGUGAAUCAUCUGAAGAUUCCCUGCCAGCUCCUUCCCUUUCUUCUCCAACAGACGACUUUGACGACGACAUAAUUUCGACGCACCUCUUGAUGCCCGACAGUCUUAGUCAACUGGAAGAAUUUGGUCGCCAGAAGAAGCCGCAGAAGAAGCUGCCCAAACUGCAGAGGCAACGGCAAUUCAGUGAUCUGUGGGUUCGCAUAGAAGAGAGCACAACGGUCGUGCCAUCCAAUAUCAGGAUUAUCAACGGCUACAUCACGGUGGAGCCUGCACAUGAACCAUCACAGCAACAUAGGCAGCAUCCCAUCCUCAACUCAACUGCAGUGGCCACAGUCCCAUCAGCAACUCUACUUCUCUCUGGGAUGGCCAGCUUGUUCUGGAGUCUAUUGUGGCCCUCCUGACCCCCUGCACAUACGAUCUUGACCCGCACCCAGUUCUUUUAAUUUAAGAGGAGAAAAACGUUAAAAAAAUAUUUCUGGCAUUAGCUGAUGAAGCUUCUCGCAGUUACACACAGGAAGUGCCUUUGCCCUAUGCUCAGUAGACCUUCGAGACCUAAUUGCACCGGGUCCAUCAGGUUCUCUGUGAUGUCAGAAGAGAAUAUUAUGAGAUUCUGAAGCUUAAAUAGCCACAACGUGACAGCAUCUUCUUUUUGUAGAAGGGUUUUUUCCCCAUGGUGUUAUGGGGCAUUGUAAAUUUACUUUUGAAAAUUUAUAUGUUCAUAUGAAUUAUGUAUAUUUAUUCCCCUUCAAUGUUAAGUUUUGUUGUGUAUAUAACUCCAUAAUCUAUGAGAAGUUCAAUGUUUUACUACAGUCUAACCAGACAAGAUGAAUUUUCUACCAAAGGUCACCUAUUAGAUGAGAGAUGUAUUAAAAAGUGCCUCCUCGCCAGCCCUGAUUGACCUUAAUUUUUUUUUAAAGAUUCCAUUGAUUAUUCAUUAUACCCACCUCUGAAGAAAUUUGAACUGGGCUUGGAACUGAAAACUCUUUUAAUGUAGGAAUUGAGAAAGAACCAUUGGAUGUUUCAUUACAGAAGCUCAGAUAGUCAAUUCAUAGCUGAACUAAUCCCAACUGGUGCUCUGUGGUUCUACUCAACUAGAUUAGUUGCAUCACAAAGAUGAGAUCACAAUUUACAGGCAAUAAGAUACAUCAAUAUUUCUGGUUUAUCAUCCAAAGCACCAAUGCUUGUGUCAGACAACUUGUAAAACUAUUUCAUUUACUGACUUGAAUCCACACUAUAUAUGAAAGAAUGAUUGGAUUUCCAUAUUUCCUAUGGUUCUGAACUUCCAUCUUAUUUAGCACCUUUAAUCUGUUCAGGAUUUUCUAACAUGUUGUUCAGCCAAUGAGCUAUGUUUAAAAUAUAAUUGUUAUUGCUGAACUGAGAACUGCAGCAAAUAAUGUGUGUGCAGGACUGGACCCAUAAUGGACACUAAGAAAAACAACUGGUAAAUCUGAUGGUUGAAUGAUCAAUGCCACGAGCGAAACAUCGAAAACCACGACUUCACAUUUUGCCCCAGACCCCUUAUAAAUAGGGAGAUGGGGCUUUGGUUUAAUGUCCCAUUUGAAAGGGAGCACCAUUAGCAAUGCAGAACUUCCUCAGUGUAGCAAUAAAAUAUCUGCCCUUAUUCUGGAUUUAAGGCUGUUUAAAGUUUGGAAUCUUGAAAUGGCUGUCUCUCGGAUUACCUUCUGUAGAUUCUGACAUGUUUUGUGGAUAAAUGCAUUUGACAGUUGUGAUACAGGUAGCUGUAAAGUCUAGAUUUCAUCUGAACUGAUCUUAGAAGAGAUCUCAGAAGAGACACCAACAAUGAAAAGAUUGGUCAAGCCUUCUGGUGGCAUUCAGUGUUGCUUGCUGGAGAGCGGUUGCAGUCUAUUUCAGGGUUAUGGAGUUGGGAAGUAUUUGAAUUCACAGAUGAAAAAGAUUCAGUAGGAGGGAGGUCUCAGAGAGAAGUUGGUUCUUGUGAAAACAUUAUCCAACCUGACCCCAUGCAGCAUCUUUAGGAGGUACGGUCUACCUAGACUAUUAUGACUAGUGUGUUUUAUUACCACAAGUGUGCAGAUGAGAAAUUCGAUCCACCAAGUCUAGAAACGCCAUUGCUGGGAUCAUUAGUGACCUGUUCCUGCAGAAAAGAACCAGCAGCGUUAGGCUGCUUGGCGUACCAGUCUAGCUCACAUGCCAGGGAGAUGGUUCCAUUUAUUUUGCCUGUGUAGUAAGAGAACGGACAGAUAGGAAAGGAAUUACUGCUCCAAAGUAAGCCAUUCUGCCUUCAGUAUAGGUAAUGUAAUCUCUUCCUCAAUUAGCAUGGCUGUGUUAAUGUCCAGUCCAUGCAAAACUAUGGAAUGGUUUUAGAGACCUCAAGUGCGUUCACCGAGCUAGCCUGGAAUUCUCCCAGUGCAAUUCCUUGAUAAUGGACACUGAUGGAAUACCCACUCUUUGAAUAAUUUAAGUAGAAUAGCCAAUCUUAGCAAAAAUGUUGUGACUCCAGCAGAAGUCAGAAAAUCUCCAGAAUAUGUGGGCCUUCUUUAGUCAAGGCCAUAUGCCAGGCCAUAUUAAUAGCACUACCUGCAACCCUCAGUUUGAUCAGAAAAUAUACCCUUCGCAAUCCCAGUAAACAUCUGUUCCUACAGCAUAUUCCUCGAGCCUGUAUCAUUUCACAUCUCCCAAGUCCUUUCUUUUAUGUUAUCAUUUCUUCCAUAAGAUGAAUGCACCUGAUAAUUGGCACUUCCAUGUCCAGCGCUGACACUCCAGUCCAUCAUCAUUUAACCGCAUUCAUGAGAUCCGCUCUCAUCCUAAAUUCCAGUGACUAGAAGCCCAGUCACUCCAAUCUUUCCUCAUAUGACAGUCCCGCCAUCCCAGGAAUUAUCUGGUGAACCUAUGUUGCACUCCCUCAAUAGCAAUAAUGUCCUUCCACAAAUUAGGUAACCAAAAUUGCACACAAUACUCCAGGUGUGGUCUCACCAGGGCCCUGAACAACUGCAGUAGGACCUCCUUGCUCCUAAACUCAUAUCCUCUCGCAAUGAAGGCCAACAUGCCAUUACCUUUGUUCACUGCCUGCUGUACCUGCAUGCUUACUUUCAGUGACUGAUGUACAAACACACCCAGGUCAUGUUGUACCUCCCCUUUUCCUAAUCUGAUACCAAUCAGAUAAUAAUCUGCCUUUCUGUUCUUGCCUCCAGUGGAUAACCUCACGUUUAUCCACAUUAUACUGCAUCUGCCAUGCACCUGCAACUCCCCCAACUUAUCCAAGUCACCCUGCAGCCUCAUAGCAUCCUCAUCACAGCUUACACUGCCACCCUGCUUUGUAUCAUCCGCAAACCUGGAGGUCAUAUUUUUACAUUCUCAAUUACAUUCUCAUUUUUACAUGUUUACGUAACUCAACAAGUGCAUUGGUAUCAUGGCAGCACCCAUUUGGAAACCAUCCAUUCUCUCCCAUUUCAUAUUUUGUUCUUUCCUCAUGUUCUGCUUACUGAUUCCCUCAUCUUUCAAAAUUGCUAUUUUGUUUUCAAAUCCUUGAAAGAGUUUAAGAAGUUUUCUUUUUUGUACUUUCUCCAAACAUACCAGUCUGUAAGUGGUUGGGUGAGCUGCCCUGGCAACAGUGCGCUGUUACCAGGGAUUUUGAUAUAUAGGGAGAAGCCUUGGGGCGUAAAGUAGGCUCAUUAUGGUCAAAGCACCACAUCUAGGAUGCCCAUUUUAACAGAUGCAGCUUCACACCGAUUCCUUAUGCUCAGCCCAGAGCCUGGACUUGCUUCCGUUUAAAGGAUUAUUGGCCUCAUAACUAAAUUAAGUCAAUGUUUUAUUAUUGGAUUCAAGAUACACUAGUGCAGGUGAUGAGGCAGGAAUUUGCUCAGCUAUGAUUCCUCCAUGUAACCAUUCUCCAAUACAAACAUGCAAGUUAGCUGGAGGAGCCUACUCCACCCUUCAAGCCUGCUCCAAUAUUAAAUUUGAUCAUGGCCCACCUGAUUAAAACCAUCCAUCAGUUUCCCAUCUAUCAGUUUCUUAUCAAGAAUCUACAGUAUCUACCUCUGCCUCAAAAGUAUUCAAAGGCUCUGUUCGCACUGAGUCUUAGAAAGUUCCACUGUGCCUUAAGUGGGGGACCCGCUAAUUCUGUAUUUUCCUCACAAACAACGUCUUCUGCACAACUAUCCAGUCAAGACUCAUCAGGGUUCAACCUUCAAACAAGUGUAUACCCACUCUCCUAAUCUGCAUCAGAAUCAAAUCUAGCCUGUCCAAUUGUUCCUCGUUAGACAGUCUAUCCAUCUAAGACAUAAUUCUAAGAAACCUUGGCUGAACUACUUCCAAAAUAUUUGAUAUCCUUCCUUCGAUGAGAUCACUAAUGUGCACAGUACUCCAGAUGUGAUCUCUCUAGUGGUUAUAUAACUGAAGCUCCCUGCUUUUGUAUUCAGUUAUUCCUCCCAGUAAAGAUAGCAUUCCACUUACUUUUUUAACAACAUGUUGCACCUGCGCUUUGUGCCUUAGUCUUGAAGAAUGGCUACUUGAAUAGUGCCAGAGUGUUUCUGCACCCUGUGGAUCUGCUUUCAAAUACAGCCUGACAUUUUUGGAAUGACAAGAACAUUUUGCCACUAAAAAUACAGCUGCACACCACAUGUGCCUUAUUUUCUCCAAUAAAGAUAGGCUGUAAUCAUCAUCAUUGUGACCAAAUAAGCAUUUGAUGUGAGAGUUGUGUUGGCUUUGUUGUGUGUAUCAAGAUACAGUGAAACGUUGUUUUGCUUGCUCUCCAGGCAAACUGUACAAUGCAUGAAUACAUCAGGUAGUGCAAAUGAGAAAAUAAAUAGAGCACAGAAUAUAGUGUUACAACUAUAGAGAAAGUGCAGUUAAAACAAAAUUCCGAGGGCUGCAACAUGAUAGAUUGGAAGACCUGGAAUUCACCCGUAGCACAUGAAAUGUUGAAUAACAGCAGGGAAGAAACUUUUCUUGAAUCUGGUGGUAUUUGCUUUCAAACUUUGUAUAGAAUAGCAUGGUGUCAAGCCAACAACCUCACCCUCAAUAACCAUGAAGAAACUGAUUAUCAAGGUGAGGGUUGAAGUGCAUGCCCCAGUAUAAAAUGGUGCUGAAGUGUUGAGAAUCGAGAGCUUCAACUUGCAAGGUGUUAACAUCACUGCCAAUUUGGUGGUACAUGCUUUCAAGUUUUGUGCAUAGAGCAGAGUACCAUGAGUCACACUCUGAUCAUUCUCUCUUCUCUCUGCCUCUGUAAGGCAGAAAAUAUAAAAAACUUAAAAGCAUUUAUUGGUAUUGAUUUAAUGGUAUGAGUACUAAGAUAGAGUGAAAAGCUUUGUUUCCAUGCUAUCCAGUCAAAUCAUACUAUACACGUGCAAUGAAGCCGUGCACAAGUACAACAUGUUGUUCAAAGAGAAAAAUACCAGUGUGCAGAAUAUAGUGUUACAGCAUUAUAUUGUUAGAGUUACAGAGAAAGUGCAGAAAGAAAAGUGCAGGGGCUGCAAUGAGGUAGGUGGGAGAGCGAGACUACAGCCGUGGCUUAUAAAAGGAAUGUUCAUUUGUCUGAAACUGGUGGUACACGCUUUCAAGCAUUUGUAUCUUCUGCCCGAUGGAAGAGAGGAAAAGAGAGAAUGAUCAGGGUGCAGGUGGCCCUUGAUUAAUUUGGAUGUUUUCCUGAGGCAGCAAGAAAUGUAGAUGGAGUCGUUGAGGUGGAGGCUAGUUUGGAUGAUGGACUGGGCUACAUCCAUCCACAACACUUUGUAAUUUCUUCUGUUCUUGUGUAGGGCUGUUGCCAAACCAAGUUGCAAUGAAUUCUAACAAGAUGCUUUCGAUGGUAUCUGUAGAAAUUGGCAAGAGUUGUAAGAAAUUGGUAAGAACCUCCUUGGUCUUCCGAGAAAGCUGAGGUGCCAGUGAGGUUUCUUGGCUGCAGCUUUAGUGGGAUUGGUCCAGGACAAAUUGUUGGUGAUAUUUAUGCCUCGGAACAUCAAGCCACCAUGUUUCCUGAAAUUAAUAACCAGCUCCUAAAUCUUGCUGACAUUGUACCAUCUCUUUCAAGAAUAACUUCUUCCCUGUGGUUAUCAGACUCUUGAAGGAAUCUCUCUUUUUGCUAUGGAUGAAUUCCUGACAUUCCUAUCUACCUCUUUAUGGCCCUUGCACUUUUUUUUAUCCAUACUAUGUCUAGCUGUAAGACUUUAUUUUACAGUCUGUUUAUUUUCCAUUUUGCGCUACCUGAUGUACUCGUGUUUGAUACGAUUUGGCUGGAUAGCAUACAAAAUAAAAGCUUUUGAUUGUAUCUUGGUACACGUGACAAUAGUAAAUCUAUACCUAUUCUGUCCGACAGGAAAAGGGAAAAGAGAAUAACAGGAUUAUGAGUGGACCUUAUUAUAUCAGCCACUUUCCAGAGGCAGCAUAGUAUAGAGUUGAUGAUGUUGGGAAGGGAUACUGGUUUGUGUUCACACAACUCUGAAAUGUCCUACAGUCUUAGGCAGAGCAGUUGCCAUUCCAAACUGUGAUACAUCUGGAUAGGAUGUUUCUAUGGUGAAUCUUUAGAAACUGUGAAAAGUCAAUGGAGAAAUGCUGAAUUUCUUUAACCUUCCACGGUAUACUUUCUUGACUGCUGCAUUGAUGUGGUCGAACCAGGACUAAUUGGUGGUGAUAUUUACACCUUGAAGCUCUCAACCAACUCCGCAUCAGCUUCACUGAGACAGACUGGGGUAUGAACUCCAUCUAGGUUUCUGAAGUUGAUGACCAGCUCCUUUGGCUUGUUGAAAUUGAGGGCGUUUGAAUUGCAGAAACUGUUUUGCAAAAAAAAGACAGAAAGGUCUUGGGAAACUCAGUGAUCCAGAGCAUCUCUGGAGGACAUGGAUAGAUGACUUUUCAGCUCGGGACACUUCUUCAGAUUCUUCAGUGUGCAGACUAUUGAGACCCAAAACAUUGCCUACCCAUGUCCUCCAGAACUGCUGCCAGGCCCGCUGAGUUAUUCCAGCACAUUGUGUCUUACUUUGAAGGAGAGGUUGUUUUGACACUUGCUAAUCUCUCUAUUUUCUUCCUGUACUGGGUCUCAUCAUCUGGCUCACUAUGAUAGUAUCAUCUGUAAACUUAUAAAAGGAGUUAGAGCAGUGUUUGGUUACACAUUCGUGAGUGCAUUGGGAGUAUAGUAAAGGGCUAAGAAUGCAGCCUUACAGGACACUGGUGUUAAAAAUUAUCAUGGAAGAUGUAAAGUUGCCUAUCAUCACUGAUUGUGGUCUAUGGGUCAGGAAGUCAAGCGAGAAACAAGAGAGUUUGAUUGUCAUAUGUACCGGCAAUUAAACAAUGUAAUUCUUGCUUACUGUUGCUUUACAGGCCCGUUAGUGCAAUACCACACAAAUAAAUGUAUAAUAAUCAAUAAUAUAAUAAAUUAAUAACUAGCAAUACCUGGCAGCCAGACCAUAAUAGCCCAAAACCAAAGAAAGUGGUGCAACCAAAACAAUUUCCAUGGUGGAUCUGUGGUCAAGAUUAUGCUGUAUUCAAGAAUCUGGGAUGAAGCUGUUCUUGAAUCUGGAGGUUAUGGUUUUCAGGCUCUUGUACCUUCUUCCUGAAGGGUCCAGAUGCUGAGUGGGUCCAGGGGUGGGCGGAUUAAUUUAGUUGGAGAAAUGUUGUUGAAGCUAGAUCUAAAUUGGAGACUAACAAGAGUAUCCUUGUUAAUACAGGUGUUCCAGGAAAGAGUGUAGGGCCAGGGGAAUGAUGUCUGCUAUGUGCUUAUUGUGGUGUUAGGGGAAUUACUAGGAUCAAGGUUGUUUGGGAGGCUGGAGCUGAUUUGUGCCAUGACCAGCUUCUCCAAUCACCUCAUGAUGGUGGACAUCAGAACCAAUGGACGAUAGACAUUAAGACAUGCUUCCUUGAUCUUCUUUAACACUGAGAUGAUUAUCGUUUUCUAAAUUAGCUGGGAAUCUCAGAUUGUAGGAGGGAGCGAUUAAGAAUAUCUGGGAAAACUCCUGCCAGUGGUCCACGCUGGUUUUGAGGACAAGGCCGGACACUCCAUCUGGCCAGUCGCUUUCUUGGGGUUCACUCUCAAGAAGGCUGAGCUGACAUCUGCAAUGGUAACCAUGGGUACAGGUGCACCCAAGGUGUAACAAUAUAGUUCCUAACAAAACUCUAGUUAUCCUUUGAUGACAUUGGUACUAUUUAAUGCUAAAUGAUUAUUAGGAGAAAGCUAAUGGUGAAAAAAUGUGGGAGCUUUGCAUAUAUUUGCCUGUGCCAGUUCAGCUUCCAAAACAUCCCCUGGACAAGGGUUCAACAAGGAACGCUGAGAUAUUAACCAGCAGGGGUGGUUAUUUGCUUUGAUUCUGCCGACCUCCGUAGAGAUAAGUCAUUGCACUUUUUCAUCAGUUGUCAUUCUUUAAAUACUUACACGACCAUUACCGAUAUUUGAAAUAUAUCGGUAAAGAACUGAUCUGAGCUUCCAUCAGAAAGACUGCUAUGACUUAAUUGGCACACAUUAAGCUUUUACAGAAACUAAAUGUUUAUUUUUUCAUCUGUUUUGGCAUUCUUGUAACAUACGGUAUCUUGUUGUUUUUCUCAGCACACUGUUGUAAAAGAUUCUAUUAAUGUUAUUUUUCCAGAUAUAUUAUUUUUUUAGUGUUAUGUAAUGGUGCAUUGUAUUAAGUCAGAAUAAGUAUUGGAAUAAUUGCAACAACUAAGUCAAAUUGUUUUUCAGAACAAGUCAAGAUGGUGAAAGGAAAUGCACUGACUCCAUAGUGAGGUGUUAAAGACAGGAACUUAUGAAUUUGAUUCAAUGUGUUUAUAAAUAAUUAUUAUAACUGAUUUAAACAUUUUGUAUCCUUUUAGAAAAUCAGAAGAGAAACUCAUUCAGUAUUUUAUUCAUUUUAGCUAUCUAUUGAUGGCCCUACUUACAUGGAGGUGUAGCUCAGAGAAACAUUGGGUUUCCUUAGUGUGCAGUUGCCAUAAGUCUACCAGUUUAACGAUAGAUCCAUCAAUGGGCUAUGAUUCAAAUGUUUAAAAUGUAAUUGGGCUUGUAAAAUGCAACACAAUAUGACAGAUAUAUUUUUAAAAUGUUGAUAUAUAAAAAAUCAUACCCCAAACAACAUUAAAAUUUCUACCCAUGGAACUACUUUUCAUUUUGUUUUUAUGAAUCCAUAAACUGGGUGGAGAAAUUUGAUGUUGACUUUCUAACUCUGGAGAGUUUGGAAAUUACUGAAAUGGUUGUAUUCAGUGGAAAAAAUAUCUGGGUUUUAGGCAGACCGAGUCAUUCUGUGCAGAAUGAAAGAUAGAAAUUAACACACUCAUGUAAAUAAGGCCAUAGUUUGCAGUAAUCAAAUGAAUGUAGAAGUGUACCAAACCUGAACAAGAAUACUUUGUUUACAAUUUUUACGUGACUACACAUCACAAAAUUGUGAAUAUUUGAAAAAAAUAAUAAUAUAAAGAGUCAAUAAAUUGUUAUAAUUUCAUAACUAUCUCCCAAGGUUCUCAAAUGACUGUGAGCAAGUGUCAUAAAAUGGUGCAUUUGCUGCCAUCUUGAGACAGAAGGCAGUAAUAACAACAUGGGUGAAACGUGGCUGGUUUUCCUCCGCAUUACAUUUUGUUGAUUUCACAAAGGCUCUCUAAGUUACAAUAAUCACUGGCUCUACAACAAAAACAUGUUAGCUUAAAAUGUCAUCAUCUUGAAAGGAAAUCCACAGUUACAAACAUAAAAGAAAGAAAUUGUGCCCUUGGCACUCAGCAUCACACGCUGGCAAUUGUAAGUAAUUCACUGGCCAAAGGGAAAGUAAAUCUUUGUUUUUGACCCAACAAUGUGACUGAAAAGAAAGCUCUUCAAUUUCCUCCAGUUGUGGCUUAUCUGAAAGCAAUUUUUAUUUCCAUGCUACACAUAGGAAGCUUUUGUAUUCUUGGAUCUGUGAUUAUUUGGGGGUAAGUCUGUUUAAAUCUAGAGACACAAAAGACUGGAGAUGCUGUAAUUUGGCGCAACUAAGCAAAUGGUUGGAAGAACUCCGCAGGUCAGGUGGUAUCUGUGGAAGCAAAGGGAAAGUAAACGUUUUGGACCAAGACGUUGCAUCAGUCCCAAAAUUGUUUUUUUUUUUGCUCUAUAUUUAAAUUUCUUUCAUAUACACCGAUAGAGUUAAAUAAACUUGUUGGUUUUGGCUGGAUUCAAAGCUAAACAUACUUCAAUAAAAGGACUGUAAUAUAUUGAAGUGUCAAAACCCUCUGCAUUAAUUUGUUGUAUUUCAUGACAGAAAUCUUGCAAUAUUAACCUUCUAUUUUCAAUUACAAAAUUCCAAAUGCAGUAAUUCCAUGAAAGUGGCAAGCACACUUUAAAACCACUUAAGAUCUGGAUUUAAAAACACUUUUAAAAACAGCAGAACUCUUUUGCCUCAAGUACUCACAACUAAUAUAAAUGAGAAUUAAUAAGAGUUCAGCAUUGUAGAAAAAUAUCCUGUGGAAAGAUUUGUUCUGUGUGCUUUAUGUAACAAUCAGUGUGCUGCUUUUAAAAAUGGGUUUAUCACUUUGUUACACAUAACAUUCAAGGUGAUCCAGCUCCAUUAGUUAUUCAUGAACCAUUCACGGUUCUUUAACCAUCAACUAGCCUAACGUAAUUUUUCCAAGUGAAACCUAUCGCCACCCAAGUAUCUAAUUUUGAUGAAAAUCAAAGCUUUCAAUAGUUCUGAUAUUUCCCAUCAGUUUGAAGUGAGUUACUUACAUAGAGCAGUACAGCAUAGGAAUAACAAUUACAGCACGGAAACAGGCCAUCUCGACCCUUCUAGUCCGUGC